AUGCCUCCGUCACGGACUGUUCGCAGCAUACAAAACUCGCACAUUAGCAGUGGUGCUCCCCCAACGGAAGUCGGCGGUCAAGUCUCGUCAACGCGUGACGGGGCCGAAGUCCCCUCAACGCAAGCCGAUGCUUCGGCUAAGUUGAGGCGCAGUUCGCGAACGAGGAAGGCCCCAACUCCGUACAUCGAUGCUCACGUCAAGUCAAAGCGGAAAGGAGGCCGCAGGAAGGGUUUGACCAAGGAACAGCGCUUGCAAGAUAGACGCUAUCCGCAAGGUAUCAGCAAGGAUAGCAACUGGCUUGAAGUAUCUCGCGCCUUUCAGGACGAAUACCUUGAGAGGGUUACGCUGUCGGAGGAUCACGCAGAGGUUAUGUCGCUCAGGGAUCAUCCCAUGGUCGUGGGAACGUUGAAUGAGGAGAACACAGCUACAAUCGAAGUACCCUGGUUGACAGAGAACGCGUUGGGACUGCCCAACCGUGUGAUCUCUGUUGGAAGGCUUGUACUGAUGCCUUCGGCUACGGAAGAGGGAUUCCCUAAGGAGUUUUGGGGAGGUGUACUCACAGACUUCGAUAAGAAGAAGGGUGAAGGGACCAUCCGUUUCCUGGAGUCGUUUGGUUGCAUGAUGGCCGUCGCUGAGAAUGGGAAGGCUACUAAUGCCAAAAGUCUCGGCCGACAGCUUAAGCAUCUUCCUCCGUCGGAUUCUCAUCCCAACAUGGUGUUCAUGACAGACGAAGUGCUUGACAAUAUUCCUUUACAUCAUCUCCUCGUUGCACCCACAGAGGAAGAGAUCACGACCAUGUGGAAUCUCUCUCGGAACUUCGCCGUCAAAAUUGUUACCAACGAGAACACGAACAGACGCAGCUAUGAAAUCCAUGACAUCCACAGGGCUCCAAUCCAGCGCAACGGUACGCCGGAGGUGUAG